UUGAAAUAAAUAUGUGUGAAUUCAUACCAACCGAGUAUAAAUUGUGUGAUUUUCCGAACGUCUGGAUUACGACAGACGCGUAAAAGGUGUCAAUGAUACCGCGUUUAAACAUAUGCGAUCGUAAUAAAACUGAAACGAUUACAAAGCGUUAAAUAAAUGUAAUUAUUCAUAAUAAAUGGUUCAUCCAAAUUUCGAUAUGAAAGAUUGAAAAGAGGUAUAAUUAAAUUCGGUCGAAAUAUUAAAAGUAUUCUUUUGUAAAUGUUUUUUCCUUCGUUUGAAUUCGCCAAAGGCAGGCAACUGUCAAAAUGACAAUUGGGUAUGAAACUAACAUGGCUGUCGAAAUCGAUAGAGAACUUUCGACGUAGUGUUUGACAUCAAACCUUUUUUUUCCCAGUGAUAUUAUUAAUGGCGGCUUAUAAGAUACAUUGGUUUUUACCUAAAUCCUCGAAUCUUCUCUUAGAUUCGUCAUGUUCUACGACGACAUUUUAAUGAAAUACAUCGUAACGUCGAACCAAGUGGCAGCUACAAUAACGUUUGUCUGCGGUAUAAUAUGUACGCUUAUACUGGAGUUUUACUUCUUCAAGAGAUAUCUGGAAACAGGACCUUUGGCAAAGCCACCAGAAAAAACAAUGAAACAUGGACAAGCUCAGCUACCUCAGGAAUUACUUGAUAAAAUGCAAGAUGAAAAAACGAAUCUUAAUAGCAAUAUCGUUCGACAAAGUAUUUAUCAAGGAAAUGAAAAUUUGGCAAUAAAUCUUACUUUGCAAUUUCUUUUCAACGAAUUGCGAGACGCGGAACGCGUUCGUCUCUGGCUCUAUAGAAAAUUGAACAAUGAAUUCAAAGAGCUCUUAACGCAAUCGACUACUGGAAAAUUACUUGAUAGCGUAAAGUUAAGAGAUUUGAAUCUGGGCACACAAUUUCCAACGAUAAAGGGCUUGGAAGUAGCCGAUUCUAAGAUAGACGCUGAUACUGGAUUAUUGGAAUCAUUGGAUUUAUCCCUCGAUUUACAUUAUUCGGGAAAUUUUCAAAUGUCAAUAGACGUUAAAAUGUUGUUGGGAAAAACGGCGUACAUGGCUUUACAAGUGAAACGUGUUACUGGCCGAGCAAGAUUGCAAUUCACACGCGUACCAUAUACGCAUUGGUCUUUAAGCUUCUAUUCGGAUCCCAUUUUGGAAUUGGAAGUGCAAUCCCAAUUCCAAGGUCGCCAAUUGCAACCGCAAAUAAUAUCAUUAAUUACUGGACAAAUAAGAAGGGCCGUACGUCGGAAACAUACGUUACCAAGAUACAAGAUGCGUUAUAAACCGUUCUUUCGCAGAUUAAACGAUGAAGUUAUCGACCUAUCAGAAGUUGCCGGUCUGCAGAUCAAUCCAGGAUGCUUGGAAGUUACGUUAUUAGAAGUUAGUCGAUUAAACGUUGGACCUAACAUGGCUAAUGCAGAAGACGUCUCUCAAAUAGAGGUGCAUUGCACGAUGAGCAUAGACUCAACGCCUUGGGUACAUUUAACGCAAUACAAUGGAGUAACGUACAUGAUAUUAGAUUUAAUUAUUAGUAAAACUAGUUCGCAGCAGCUUGGUGUAGUAUUUAAACAAGAGCUUGUUCCUGAAAUUGGUCAAGUAUGCGUACUCGUUGAAACUAUAGUAUCCGCAAGUCCGGCUGCCAUAGCCGAGAUGAGAAAAGGUGACAUUUUAAUAGCCGUCGAUGGUAAAAAGGUAAACAAUAUGAAUCAAGUCGCAAAACUUGUUAAAAGUGCUGUACAGAGGCGUUUCAUUAUUAGAGUCGAGAGGAAAUAUCUCAAGGUAGAUACGGAGAAACAAGCUUGUAUUAUUAAAUCUGACAGUGAGAUAAGGUCUGGGAUGGAAAAAAUUUCAGAAUGGAAAAAAUUUGAUGCGGUAAAAGGAGAUGGUACUACGAUCGAUGAUAUCAGUAAAGUGAAAUUCGAAGGUCCAAUGAAAUUUUUAGAACCAAAAGAUACGGACGGCGAGAGUGUAACAGAUAGGUCUGAAUUUUCUAGUAGAUUGUUCAGAAGAAGAAGGAGUAGUAGCACGCAUAUUUCCGAGGAAACGACUCAGCAAAUGCCUGAAACACCGUCGAGAAGAAUUUCAACGGCUUCGAGUCAAUCGACAACAUCCGGCAACAUUCAGUUUUACUCUAUCGACGAUAAUAAUGUCACUAAUUUGUCUGAUUUGUAUUACACCACGAAGGAAAAGGGAUAUGCCUCUUUGAUCACUUUCGAGGAAACUAGAAAUUUCCAGAUAGACUCGGAACAGCAGUAUUUAAAUAUAGGUGUAUGGGGCCGCGUUAAAUCUAACGAAUAUACUCCUAAAUUAUUAGGAUACAUUAAUGCCCCUAUAAAAUUGAUCGUAGCGCAGUGUGCUAAGUCGUCGACAGGUCAUUAUCUUAAAUGUCAUCCACUGUUGCCACCGGAAAGUGCUUCUUUAGCGACGUCCAGUAAUAAAUUACAAGGGUACUCUGGUUUUGAUCCUACUCUAUGCUUCGGGGACAUUUUAAUGUCGUAUAUGUGGGAAAGCAGUGUGCCAAAUAGCCAUAUCACGAGCGAAUCUGUAAAAAAGGAUAAUGUAGAAGCUAUUAUUAGAGCUCACCCGAUUCAGAAUGAAGAGGUAGCUGAAAGGAAAGUACAUGAUUUCAUUAGGACGCACUUUCACAGAGCGACUCACUGCGAUUUUUGCACGAAAAAGAUUUGGUUAAAGGAUGCGAUACAAUGCAGGGACUGCGGUAUGGUAUGUCAUAAAAAAUGUGAGCUUCGUUGUCAAGCAUCAGGGAUAUGUGGCUCGGAAGCCACAUUAGCCACGCUGGCAUUAGAAGCCGAUGAAAUAGAGCCCGUCGCUAUUGUCGGCGAGUCUAGUCCGGAGAUAUCUCUUACCGGUUGUGAAGAUAAUGUUCAGAGUUCAUUGGUUGGAGGUUUGGGUAUAAGUCCUGAACUUUUGGAAGGUGCUGAACCAAGCGUGGCAGCUCCACUUGUCGCAGGAGAUUUGGACGAUGGCCUUAUGUCUAGAGCCAAAGAUACUGGAAAAUUCUUAUACAAGUAUUACGAGCCAUUGGAACGUGUCGAGAAGAUCAAUGACAUGAUAGGAAAACUAAAAACUGCCCUGGAUGCUGAAACUACCUCAAGAUUAGAAUUAUCUCAAAGCGGAGAGAACGAUAGUAUAAAAUUAAUUGCACAGAGCGAUUUACGAGUGCAGGCCUUGAGUGUCUUACUUCUUCAUUACUGUGCUGGCUUGCAGCACGCGCAAGAGGCAUUAGAGAAAGCUAAAAACGAAAAUUGAAUCACCAAACUGCAAAGAUAUGAAACGAAGAGAGAGGGGGGGAGAGAGAGAGAGAGAGAGAGAGAGAGAGAGAGAGAGAAAUGUUCAUAUAUUUCCAAAUUCUCGAAUAUUCUACAUUAGUCAAUUAGUGAAUUUAUAAUAAUACUCUGAUAUAGGAUAUUUUUAUUUUAGACUCGAGAUAUCGGCUUGAUCAAAAAUUAUUACACGCGUGAACAUAUUUAUCCGUAUAAAUAUUACUCUCUGAUUGUGAAGUUAUAAUACUCAAAAAUAUCUAGUUGUGAUAAAUGAUUGAAAUCUCCUAGUAAACACCAAAUGCUAAGACUUAUAUUUAUAAUAAAUUGUAUAUUUGUAGAAAACCAAGUACAAGAUAUGUUUCGCCACUUAGCCAUACGUGUCUCCGUGUGUGCGUCUGCUGCGUAACCGUAUGUAAUUUAUCAAUGGAGUAUAACUAGAAUAGAAUAAUGUCUUUUACAUGUGUGAUGCAAUGAAAUAUUGAUUAAAGGAACGAAAUGUAAUGGAACGUGCAUCGAUGUAUUUUCCAAUGUCUUCAUGUAUUUUUCUGAAUUUUUUCAUAUUUCUUUAAAUACUCGUGAUAUAAACUUAUAAAUAUUCUAUUUCACAAUCAAAAAAUUAAUGGCAUCGUAACGCAUUAACUUUGGCCUAACAACUUUUAGUAUUAUUCGUAUAAUGCAACGAAAAAUAUAUAUGAAUCCCGACUGAUUUUCAAAUAAUAUCAAUAGUAUAUUCAGUAAUACUUGAAACAAAUAAUAUCGAUGGAGAUCCAUUCAUCCAGAAUGUACGUUUGUUAAUGUUCGUUUUGCAAAUGUAGCAAAUGUUUAAAAAAACGUCUUGUUAUGGUAUAAGAUAAAUAUAUCCGUUGUAUAAAUAACACAGCUCUUCUUCCCAAUACAAUCUUAAAAAGGUCUAUAUAUAUAUAUAUAUAUAUGUUAUAUAUUAGCCUGCAAAGAUGUUUAUAAAAUGGAAAUCCUUUCUAAUUAUUAUUAUUAUUAUUCCUGUUGUUGUUGGAAUGUACGAGUUCGAAUACGUUGGUCGUACCAAACGAAAGUUCACGGUAAACAGAAAAAAAAUACGUAAAACGCAGAAAGACGCAGUAGAGAACGAAGCGCACAAAGAAUCGACGUCAAAGCUUAUACUUAAAUAGGGCCAACGUUCUCAACUUGGCAAACAAACAGUUUUCUUACAAAGAUUUCCCGGAUCUUGCCCAAGUGCGUCCAAGAGAAAAACUCAAUUUCAAUAAUAGAAGUAACAAAGGAAUGUAAAAGCACGCAAUGGUUACUUUUCUCUAAUUAAUUUUAUUAUAAAAAAGAAAAAGAAAGAAAGAAAAAUUGAUAAUAAUUAUCUUGAACCCUUUCUUCCGAAGGAAUGAAUCUUUGUUGUAAAUCGAUAAAACGCAUAUAUACAUAUAUAUAUAUACAUAUAUAUAUAUAUAUAUAUGCAUUAGGAUUUCUGAGGUAUUCGUUAAAAUACGGCUCAUAAUAUAAAUAAUAGUAGCAAUAGAAAAGGAAAAAAUGUUUCGUUGAAAGUGUAGUAAUAUACAAGUAUCGACUGGAUUCGUCCGAAGCUUUUAUCACGAUCGUCCAAAUGAAAGCCAAAAUGAAGACGAGGAGAGAAAAGUCAUGGGGGAUUUUGCCCGGUGAGAUUCUAUUCUCGUACAUGAAAUGCUACGCGCAGUAUCCUCUGGCUGUCGGCCAAACAUACCGUAAAGUCAUAUAAACAUUUUAUCCCUCUUGGGUACUGAGAUUCACUGAGAUGAAUGAAGGGUACAAUUACUCUUUUUCUUCUUCUCGCUGCAGCGAGAGCAACAACAACAACAACAACAACAACAAGAAAAAAUUAUUACUAGCUCGAUAGAUAGGGAAGAAAAAAAUAAAUAAGGUGAAAUUAUUUGUGAAUUAGUGCGAAGGAACGAGAAAUCUUUGAAAUAGGUUAGAACAUUUCCAAGAAAUACAUUCUGCCUAUAAACAAAUUUCUUUCUUGUUCUUUUAAUAAUUCAAACCUGAUUUCGCAAAAAUAUUUUUUUUAUGGUAAAAUAUUGCAUUGAUUUACGAGAACUCAAUACUGCCAACGCUUUUAACGCGAGAAUUAUAUAUAUCAAGCAUUCCUUACGAAUUUCGAAUAAUUCUUCUCAAAGUCGACUUUAUUUUUUUUAUUACCUUAGCAAAUUUCCUUUUGCGAUAGAGUUUCGAAACGAUUUAUUUGGGCAGUUUGCCGAAUCUACUAUCUCUAUAUUGGCAUGAACUAUCGUUACGAAUGAACUGUCCUUCUAAUUCCAAUAAAAACAAAAUUAAACGUACGACUAAGUCCAUCGAAGCAAACCAAUUCUGCAUUUUCAUUGAUUUCAUCGAACGAACGAACGAACGAACGAACGAACGAACGAACAAUUAAAUCGUUCACACUAAUCAAAAGUUAUCAACGAUAUACCACUUGUAUCUAAUGGGUGGAAAAGAAAAAAGAAAAGGAAGAAAACAAAAAAUAUGGUAUCUUUUACAGACGUUUUUGUUUCGCAGAAAAAGAGUUCGCACAAAGGAAAGAUCACCGAGCUUUAUCCUCUGAAUGGUGACCUUGGAAAAGAAAAAGAAAAAAAAGCAACAUGUAUUCGUAGAAAAGCUGACACCGCCUUUGACAGGUUGCAUCGUUCGUAGAGUCUCGUUCCGAAUCUACGUACGUCGUACUCAGCUACAGCUGUUUUCAAACAAAGAAAGAGGAAGAGAGAGGACCCGAACAAAGUAGUAGUAGUCAGCUGAUUCAAAAUGCAUCCUUGGGUGGGAGAAGAGUUAGAGAAGGCUUAAAUAGCACCGUAUGCUUUCACGCACGUUAGUGCAAGUCAGCGUUUACAUCGGACGGAUUAAGUUCGCUUCAUAUCGCAAAUUGAAAAUCGUAUAGAUCUUUUUUUGUCAACAAGAGAAAUAAAGAGAAAACUGUGUUGUUAGAUCGUACCAAGUGUCUUUUAAAGUACUUCCUCUUGAUACAAAUAUAUAAAUAAUCUCAUUUGUAUAAUAAUCAAUCAAUUUAAUAUCCAAUUUUCAUCGUCUUAUACCUGUUUCUAUAUUGUCUUCCUAUUCUAAUUGAUGCUUCAAGAUCCAAAAAAAUUACUAUAAAGGAAAGAAAAAGAAGAAAUAAAAGGAGGAAAAUCCCUACUUUUUUCGCCACAGUGAAGAUAGAUAUCUAUUAGUGCUGCGAAAUUUUUAUUUUAAAGGAUAAGUCGUUCCUCUCCUGAGUGAUCGUAAAAAAGAAAAAGGAGAAAAAAUUACAUACGCACGCACGUACAUACAAAUAUAUAUGUAUACGUAUACGUAUAGGUAUAUAUAAAAGAAAUAAAGACGACGGGGAUAUCUUUUCGAUUUGUUUUCGUAAAAAGCCGGAAAAAGAUGAGACCACCAGCGUAUAAUGCCGAA